AUGGAAGUGAUGGAAAUCGCUGGAAAAGAUCCACUAAGAGCUCCAAUAUCUCUUGCUCUCGAAAUAGAGGUGUAUGCGAACUCGAUCGAGUCGGUCUACAGAAGACUUGGUCGAGCUAGACUCAUCACGGGUAAAAGAGAGUUCAGAGGACACAGAGGGUACAAGAGGAACCUGAGGUCUUUUGGAGCAUUCUGGAGCAUAUGGGACGUAGGAGCAUGGAAGGACUUGGGCAUGGACGCAGCUCAACUGGAUACGCAAAGGAAGAAGGAGGAAGCCAUCUUGAAGACCAGCUCGACCACCUACUCGACCACCGGUCGAGUUCCUCAACUCGACCGGCCAAGCUUCAACUCGAUCGAGCUGGAAGUCAAAGUGUAUGCGAACUCGAUCGAGUCAGUUUACAAAAGACUUGGUCGAGCUAGACUCCAACACGGGUCUUUUGGAGCAUUCUGGAGCAUAUGGGACGUGAGGAGCAUGGAAGGACUUGGGCAUGGACGCAGCUCAACUGGACACGCAAAGGAAGAAGGAGGAAGCCAUCUUGAAGACCAGCUCGACCACCUACUCGACCAACCGGUCGAGUUCCUCAACUCGACCGGCCAAGCUUCAACUCGAUCGAGCUGA